AAUACUAAUAAAAAUGAAUAUUGUGAAUUUAGAUGGCGGAUGUUGAUCCAGAGACGCUGCUAGAAUGGCUGAGCAUGAGCCAGGGCGAUGAACGGGACAUGCAGCUGAUCGCAUUGGAGCAGCUGUGCAUGUUGCUGCUGAUGAGCGACAAUGUCGACCGGUGCUUCGAGAUCUGUCCUCCAAGAACAUUUUUACCCGCAUUGUGCAGAAUAUUCCUAGACGAGCAUGCACCCGACAGCGUGCUGGAAGUAACUGCGCGUGCUAUAACUUACUAUCUCGAUGUAUCUGCGGAGUGUACGAGGCGAGUGGUGGGGAUGGAGGGUGCCGUCAGAGCGAUCUGCGGACGGCUAUCAGGAGCCGCGCUUGGUUGCCGAGCGAGCAGAGAUUUAGCGGAGCAGUGCAUCAAAGUUCUGGAGUUGGUUUGUGCUCGAGAAGCCGGAGCUGUUUUCGAAGCCGGAGGUCUUCCCUGCGCGCUAGGAUUUAUCAGAGAAAACGGAGCAAGAGUUCAUCGGGACACUUUGCACUCGGCGAUGGCAGUAGUCUCCAGACUGUGCGGGAAAGUCGAGCCCCAGGAUAAGACGCUUCCCGAUUGCGUGGAAGCUUUAUCGACUUUGCUGAGACACGAAGACGCCCAUGUGGCUGAUGGCGCACUGCGUUGCUUUGCGUCACUGGCAGACCGCUUUUCCCGACGGGGAACAGAUCCAGCGCCACUCGCGAGCAAUGGACUCGUCUCAGAGCUGCUUUACAGGCUGUCCAAUGCAGCUGGACCAGGAACGUCCAUUGCAGCUGCUGCUAACAAUCCUAAGACACCUCCACCUUCUACGACGUCUUCAACGAUACCGGCUCCAGAACCCAAGUCUUGUGCCUCUGUUUCAACGAUUAUUAGUCUUUUGUCUACGCUUUGCAGGGGAUCUCCCUCAAUUACACACGACCUGCUGCGAUCAGACCUCCCAGAUGCUAUUGAAAAGGCUUUGAAAGGCGAUGAAAGGUGCGCGUUGGACUCAAUGCGUCUUGUAGAUUUACUUCUUGUAUUGCUAUUUGAAGGAAGAUCUGCUCUAGGUCGCGGUGGAGCAGCUGGUGGACCUUCAGGGCCUCUUCUGCCUCGAUUGCGUCGACUAGACAGCGCGGGGGAAAAGUCACACCGGCAGUUAAUCGAUUGCAUACGCUCGAAAGACACGGAUGCGCUGAUAGAGGCGAUCGAUUCUGGAGGCAUUGAAGUUAAUUUCAUGGACGACGUGGGACAGACUUUACUUAACUGGGCAUCGGCGUUUGGAACUCAGGAAAUGGUUGAGUUUCUCUGUGACCGUGGUGCUGAUGUCAACAAAGGACAGCGCUCGUCUAGCCUACACUACGCCGCGUGUUUCGGCAGACCUGCUAUUGCCAAAGUAUUAUUAAGACAUGGUGCCAACCCGGAUCUACGCGAUGAAGAUGGCAAGACUCCGCUCGACAAAGCCCGUGAACGUGUUGAUGAAGGCCACAGGGAAGUCGCGGCUAUUUUACAGAGUCCUGGGGAGUGGAUGUUGCCCCCCAGCAAUCAGGAACACAGAAAGCAAGACAGUGAUGUUGAUAGUGAAUACACGGAACCAAAGGGUGACCCUGAGAUGGCACCCGUUUAUUUAAGGAGACUGUUACCUGUUUUUUGUGCCACUUUUCAGUCGACUAUGUUACCUAGUGUAAGAAAGGCUAGUUUAAAUUUGAUACGUAAGAUGGUACAUUAUAUUCAGCCUGAUCUACUGGUCGAGACUUGCGGAGCUGAUAAAACUGCAGGAUGCGGAGCUAUGCUGGUUGAAGUCAUAGCCAAUGUUUUAGAUAACGAGGAUUUUGAGAUAAAAGCAACGCCACCACCGCCUCCACCUCUCAAGUUGAUUGUUGGUCCCAAAUUGCCCUGCCUUCGCAAGUCUACUUCUACUUCUUCCAGUUCCCAGAACUACAUUAUUGAUAAAACGGAAGACGAAGAUGGACACCUGGUUAUUCUGCAGAUGAUUCAAGACUUGAUGAUGAAAGGCAAAGACGAAUUUCUUGAACACUUUGCGCGUCUUGGAGUAUUCUCUAAAGUCGCGACUCUCGCGGGACCACAAGACACACCUGCCGAACCUGAAAAUGAACCUGUUGUGGCAACCGCCUCCACAGGCGAUGAACACAAAUUAGAAGACGCGAGAGAAUUGCUUGUGGGCCGCGCUUAUCAUUGGAGAGACUGGUGCAUUUGCCGUGGCCGUGACUGUCUUUACGUUUGGUCGGACGCCGCGGCCUUGGAGCUGUCUAAUGGCAGUAACGGAUGGUUCCGGUUUAUUCUGGAUGGGAAAUUGGCUACUAUGUACUCUAGCGGAAAAGGGCGAAACACCGAAUCACUUACAACAGAAGUAAUGGCGUCGAUUGCAGAGAGUCGUGGCGAAUUUUUGGAAAAAUUACAACGCGCACGAGGACAAGUUAAACCUAAUACCGUAAGUCAACCUGUCCUUUCAAAGCCCGGCCCUACACGUUUAGUAGUGGGUCCAGAUUUCGCAGCAGGAUGGGCUGGAAAGCGUUGCAAGCGUUUGAGAUCAAAGAUAGAAGCAAUAAAGCAGAAAGUAAAAACCCAAGCCCAAGAAAUCUACGAGAGUUACUUCAAAGCAGCCCAAGCCCAGCCACGUGGAGUCGUUGCCAAGUUAGCAGCUAUAGUAACCCAGAUAGACAAAGCAUAUCAGAAGCAGUUAUCAGGCAACCGGGAGUGGCGUAGUGUCUUGCAGUCAGCUUUAGAAGAGCUAAAGAUGCUGCUGAAUGAAGAAGGCCGCGUUUCAGCCUACGAAUUGCAUUCCAGCGGGCUUGUCCAGUCGCUUUUGGGUCUCCUGGCCAACCCGUCUGGCCCCCAAGUAACCACCGUACGUGCAAACCGCAUGCGUCUUCAGCGGAUAGCCGUCUUCAAGAGCUGCUUCAAAGCCAAAGACACCAACGACGGUAACUCAGCAAAAGUACUGGUCCAAAAAUUAGUCUCAGUCCUCGAGUCGAUUGAGAAACUCCCAGUUUAUCUUUAUGACACCCCUGGCUCCGGAUACGGGUUACAGAUUCUCACUCGCCGGCUUCGUUUCCGCCUCGAGCGUGCUCCUGGUGAAUCUGCGCUGAUUGAUAGAUCCGGGCGAAGCCUGAAAAUGGAGCCGCUGAGUACUAUCCAGCAACUGGAGAACCACCUGCUGAAAAUGAUUGCCAAGCAAUGGCACGAUCACGAUCGCUCAACUUUUACCUUCGUUAAAAAACUGAAAGAAGGUACCAAAAUGACCUUCCAGUACUCUCAUGACUUUGAUGAAAACGGGAUCCUCUAUUGGAUAGGCACCAAUGCAAAAACCAGCCCGGAGUGGGUGAAUCCUGGACAAUAUGGUCUGGUAGUCGUGACAUCCAGCGAUGGACGUAGCUUGCCUUACGGACAUCUUGAGGACAUCUUAAGUCGCGAUCAAAGUGCGUUGAACUGUCAUACCAACGACGACAAACGCGCCUGGUUUUCUAUCGACCUUGGAGUCUGGGUUAUUCCCAGUGCUUACUCGCUUCGUCACGCUCGUGGGUACGGAAAGAGCGCUCUCAGAAACUGGAUGUUCCAGGCUUCCAAGGAUGGUAUCAACUGGACGACUUUGUACACGCAUAUCGACGACUGUUCGCUAAAUGAACCCGGUAGCACGGCAACUUGGACCCUGGAACCUCCUGGAGAAGAAACUCAGGGCUGGAGACACUUGAGAUUACAGCAGACAGGAAAGAAUGCCUCUGGACAGACGCACUAUUUGUCAGUCUCGGGUUUUGAGGUUUAUGGAGAAGUUACUGGAGUUUGCGAGGACUUGGGACGUGCGGCAAGAGAAGCUGAAGCGGGAGUGAGACGUCAGAGACGAUUGAUAAAGACCCAGGUGUUGAAACAUUUAGUAGCGGGAGCACGUGUCGCUCGCGGGCUUGAUUGGAAGUGGAAGGACCAAGACGGAGUGCCUCCAGGUGAAGGUUCUAUUACUGGAGAGCUUCAUAAUGGAUGGAUCGACGUUACCUGGGACCACGGAGGCUCCAAUUCGUAUCGUAUGGGUGCUGAGGGCAAGUAUGACCUCAGGCUGGUUGGCACGGGUAUGGACGGUGAGAACAAGAACAAAAAUGGAUCUGGAGUUCUGACUGGAAGGAAGUCCAGCAGCACUCCCAGUUUACCAGAUUGCACUGAUGUCAGCAUGCGUAACUCGGUUGCUUCGACGGAACAGGCAGCCAGUGCUGAGAAUCUCGCGGCUAAACAGGCUGCUGAGUCUAUUGCGGAGAGUGUACUGUCGGUAGCUCGCGCUGAAGCCGUGGUAGCGGUCACUGGAGAAGGAGGAGCCAGUAAUACUGGGGAACUCUCUGUGGUACUUCAUCCGAGACCUGAUACUACGGUUACUAGUGAUCUGGUGACCAUUGUUGAGAGUCUGGCUUUGAAUACUGACUGCCCGCCUAACAGCAACAGCAAUCGUGCGUCUAGUUCAAAGCCUCUGUUUUCUACAGUUCGUGGUAACAAGCCAACAAGCGGUUUAUUGAGUCUCGAAGCGUCAGAAGUACUAGACCGGCUUCGCGAAGGCGCUGAUCGGUUACGUAAUAACACUAACAGUUUCUUGAGUGCUGGAGGAUGUCCAGUUGUGGUUACCAAUCCGAUGUCUGUCUCGGUACCAAAUCUAGCAUGUACUGAUGCUAACAACACCCUAGAAACUACUACGGCAACUGGUUUACUGGAAACAUUUGCAGCAAUGGCUCGACGACGUACUCUAGGACCGGCUGGUGGACAGCAUAUCGCGCCAAACUCAAACGUGACUCAGAACACACGUGGACCUACAUCAGUGUCUAAUUUCGUGCGUUUAGCAUUGAGUUCAAACUUUACCGGUGGAUUGCUCAGUACCGCGCAAAGUUAUCCCAGCUUGACUAGCAGCAGUCAGGUCGCUGGUAGUGGAGUGAGUCUUGAAGACUUUUUGGAAUCAUGUGGCGGCGUGGCAAGUUCCAGUAUUGGUGGAGUUCGAACAACCGGCGGGCCUACACUUCUAGGUGAGCUUGACGAUGACGAAGAAGUCCUGGCAGAAGAAGACGACGACAACGAAGAAAACGAUCCUGAGAUCGAUUUAUUGAUCCAGGACGACGACGAGGAGAAUGAGGAAGAGGUUGAAGGUGGAGAGGCCGAGUACGAAGAAGUAAUGGUCUCUCGUAACCUUCUGGCAGCUUAUAUGGAAGAAGAGACUCCACAGAGUACCAAACGCCGCGCUUGGGACGACGAAUUUGUUUUGAAGCGACAGUUUUCUGCGCUUAUACCCGCAUUCGACCCGAGACCAGGUCGCACCAAUAUAAACCAGACAACGGAUCUUGAAGUACCGCAACCGGGUAGUGAUUUACAGUCCAGUGUACGAGUGGGAACUGUUUCGUCUCCUCGACUGUCGCUUUCUCUCAAAGGUCCAGGGCUACCUGACACCCCCGAUGUCGAGUUAUCUCUCACAGAUCCGAAUGCAAGUAUAUUCCAGGCCGUACAAGAGCUGAUGCAGAUGACAGAGCUAGGAAGCCGUCAAGAGAAGCUGCGUCGUAUCUGGGAGCCAACGUACACGAUAAUCUACCGGGAAUCAAAGGACGAAGAGUCUUCAGGCCGCGCAACUCCAAUAGUAACCCUCUACUCUGGAAAACCCGCAGUCAGCAAUAAUGCCUGCACCGUGGAAGACGUUCUCCAGCUCCUAAGACAUGUAUACGUCCUGAGCAUCACCCGGGACGACCGCCGGGACAUGACAAUCAACGAAGACUCUCUUGAAUCUGCCUGCUGGGUGAACCCAGACGACUUUACCUCCAAGAAAAUCACCAACAAAGUAAUCCAGCAGAUCCAAGACCCCCUGGCGCUUGCCGCAGGCGCUCUGCCAGCCUGGUGCGAAGAACUUGCCCGCAGCUGCCCAUUCCUGCUGCCUUUCGAGACAAGGCGACUCUACUUCAGCUGUACGGCCUUCGGAGCCUCAAGAUCUAUCGUCUGGCUCCAAACUCAGCGUGACGCUAUUUUAGAGCGUCAACGCGCGCCCGGACUGAGUCCCAGAAGAGACGACAGUCAUGAAUUCCGGGUCGGAAGACUGAAACAUGAAAGAGUGAGCGUUCCCCGUGGUGAGAAACUUCUCGACUGGGCCGAGCAAGUUUUGAAAAUUCACGCCCACAGAAAGAGUAUCCUAGAAGUUGAGUUUGUCGGCGAGGAAGGAACUGGACUGGGUCCAACCCUUGAAUUUUUCGCUUUAGUCGCUGCCGAGCUUCAAAGAAAAGAUCUAGGACUGUGGCUCUGCGACGACCACGACCAGUCGGAAGGUUACUCCUGUCCCUCGGACGAGCAAACUAGACCAGCGGGCUACUACGUGAUUAGAGCCAGUGGACUCUUUUUAGCGCCGUUGCCUCAGAACUCUGAAGCUUGCGAUCGCGCGGUAAGAUACUUCUGGUUCCUUGGAGUCUUUUUGGCGAAAGUGCUUCAAGAUAACCGUCUGGUGGAUCUCCCACUGUCCAGGUCCUUCCUUAAGCUCAUGUGCCGGGGAGACAUCGCUAACAACGUCAAUGAAAAGAUUGGACUGACUGGUGUCACUCAAGAAAGCAUCUCCUCGAGUAUGGCCAGCAGCUUCAUCAGCGAAGAGGGAGAGACAGACGGACUUAACUCGCUUGAGCCGAGUCCGUGGUACGACGGUAUCCUGGGUAUCGAGGACCUGGUGAUGGUCGACCCGGUCAGAGGGGAAUUUUUGAAGGAAAUCCAAGCGGUUGCCUCUAGGCGUGAGAGGACUAUUUCCGAGGGCUGCUCGUCUUCUGAUGAAGAUCCUAUCCGUAUUAAUCAUCCGUCCGGCACUUCUGUUGCUAUCGAAGACUUGGGGCUCACCAUGUCUUAUUCACCCGGGUCUAAGGUCUUUGGCUACGACCACGAGGAGCUGGUUGAAGGAGGGUACGAUGUUGGGAUUACUGUUGACAAUGCCAGGGAAUACGCGGAGCUGACCAUCGACUAUUGCUUGAAUAAAGGAAUCGCCAGACAGCUUGAGUCCUUCAAGGCUGGAUUUUCAAAAGUUUUUCCCAUGGAGAAACUUCAUGCCUUCAGUCCUGAAGAAAUUAGGGCGAUGCUUUGUGGAGAACAGAAUCCUCAUUGGACCAGAGAAGAUCUGCUCAAUUAUACUGAACCUAAAUUAGGAUACACUCGUGAAAGCCCCGGCUUCCAGAGAUUCGUCAACGUUUUGAUGUCGCUGACCGGUCCUGAGCGCAAGGCCUUCCUGCAGUUCGCGACCGGGUGCUCGGCGUUACCACCGGGCGGUCUCUGCAACCUGCAUCCAAGACUGACAGUCGUGCGCAAAGUAGACGCCGGCGCCGGGGGUUACCCAUCAGUAAACACCUGCGUCCACUAUCUCAAAUUGCCCGAGUACCCCACGGAAGAAAUGCUAAAAGAGCGACUCCUUGCAGCCACCCGAGAGCGAGGUUUCCACUUGAAUUAA